GGGAGAAACGGUUUAGAUAGACAUGUAGAGAGAAGGAGGAACGGUUCAGGAAGGCUUAAUGAAGCGACAGAGCCGCAGGGGACACACUGAGCCGCGGGCCGAGUGAUGGAGGCUCUGUACGGAGAGAGCGGGGGAUCCAGACCAGCAGCAGCUUUGCAGCUGCCCCACUGACUCGUCAGAUUUCUGCCCAUCGCACCAUCACUGUUCACCCACAUGGAGCGGUCUCCUUACGCACCAGACGGCCCCAAUGUGCCCACGGAGCCCACGCCGAGCACCGCGGAUGUCUCUGAAGCUCAAGUUCACAGUAACAAUGACCUCCCAGAGCUGGAGUGCGCCGUGUGCUUCAGUCAGUUCGACAACGUGUUCAACACGCCCAAGGUGCUGCAGUGCGGCCACACGUUCUGCCUGGAAUGCCUCGCACGCAUAAACAUAAAGUCGUCACAGCCCGAGAGCCUGCAGUGUCCGCUGUGCAGAGCGUACACCCCUCUGCCCACCCUCGGCCUUCCCAAACUGGCCACGGACGUGGAGGUGCUGUCCUGCCUGCCGGAGACCAUGCAGCACGUCUACAGCAUCCGCUUCAAUCGCAACAGAGGCAAGCUGCAGGUGAAGCGCAUUCCCAGCUCCAUACCAGCUUCCCCAAAUAACCAGCGCCGCAGCCUAGACCUCGGAACGCCCGUCAGCACUGACGCGGAACAGGACACGCGACGCGGCGUGUGCCCGUUCUUCAGCCGACUCAUGCGGAUUCCCAUGUGCAGAGCGUUCUUCAUGAUAUCCGGCAUGGUCAUCAUGGUCUCGCUCACCAUCGGCAUCGGCAUCCUCCUUUCACAACGUCACUGACAUCACAGGGUGAGGCGGCAGCGGUUUGAUUUCUCGAUAUUUCCAUAUUUGGCAUUCCCUCAUCGAUUAAAGCUCAUGAGGGAGUAACGGGAAACGUUCAGCUCCUUUACUACAGGUGGAGGAAACAAACAAACCCAGUCUGAGUACAGAAAAUCGCGUGGUAUGUUCCUGAUCUCAGUGCAUUAUGGGUAAGUCCUGCUCCUGAAGCCUGCCGUGAUGUCGACUUGAUCCCUCAUCUCAUCUGCUGCUCACCGGUAGAACUUCAAGAGGAGAUGGAUGAGGUCAGAAAGCACCUCAUCUCCUUUGUAGAGAUUUUAAAUUAUCGUUGAAAUGGCUGAAGAGCUGUGACGUGAUUCCGUAUGUUGAUGCGUUUCCUUUUGAAACUGGAACACAGUGAGGCACCAGGUCAAAGGGCUUGACCGAAUUCCACAACAGCCAAUAGCGUUGCACAUAAGCCGCACCUCCCAGCAUGCCUUUGAUCGGUACUGGGCCUCGGAUCAGCACCGGGCCAUGGCUCAUUUUUUUACCUCUUCACUGCGGCAGUGAGAGAAUCAGGCUUCCCACGGGGGAGAGGGAAAAGACGGAUUUAACACGAGGCAGAAAAAUAAAACUGUAUCAAGAAACAGGCUUGUCAACUCUCUCUCUCUCUCUCUCUCACACACACACACACACACACACACCACUCUAAUGUAUCUUGAUAUGUCCAAACGCUUGCUUGUUGUUUCACACACACACACAGCUCCAGAAGAACAUGCAGGAAGUUACACAACCACAGCUACAGCAACGAGACAUGUUUGAUGCCAACUUGCUGAUACUGUAGAGAGAUUUAUUUAUUUAGAGAAAUUUAUUUAUUUAGAGAGAUUUAUUUAUUUAGAGAGAUUUAUAUACAGAGAUUUAUUUAAAGAGAUUUAUUUAGGUAGAACGUGUGAACUGGUUUCAGCGACUCUCCUGCAGUUCUUCUGUAAAAACCCGUUUCCUCCGCAGCGGCCUGCUUCUCUCCUGAUAAAGCGAGCGAGACUCUGCCACUCUCUGCACUUUCAGGAAGAUGAUCCAUCAUCUUCAGACUGAUUAAAUAACAAUAUGUAUUCUUCUUUUAUCUUUUCUUCCUGUCAUUACUUGAUAUCCUCAGAUUUGCACUAUUAGCUGUUAAAUAGGCUAACUGUAAACUUGAAUGUUCAGCAUUAUCAGUCUUAUUAAAGAGAGAAAACACCACUCGCUGGCUAAAUGUCUAAAUUUAUACUAUUCUAACCCUGCAUUUCUCCAAAACCACCACACUAGCUAUACAAACAGUUACUUUAACUAGCCGGCUAGCUACCUAGCUAGCCAACACAAUGACAUUAGCAAUUAAAAUGGCUUCUGGUUUAGAUAUAUUAUGGAGCUAGCUAUCUUUCUGGGUGAUUUUUAGUUUAACUAAAAUGCACAAACAUGCCUGUUAUCAGGAAAGCUAAUAUAUUCUAGCUAAUACCAAAUAUCCAGCUAUCUACCUAGUGAGCUAACAAGCUAAU